AUGGCUACCACCACCGACCAUCUUUCCGGCCACCCCGGCCAUCUCAACGAGGCCCAGCAAACCGCCCUCACCCAGUUCCGCGAAAACCUCACCAAAGACGCCCUCAUCCCCGCCGACAAGGACACGGUGGUGCAGACACUUGGAUAUGACCGUUUCGACGACCAAACCUUGCUGCGAUUCUUGAGGGCGCGCAAGUUUGACUUGGUGAGGGCGCAGGCGAUGUGGGCGGAUAAUGAGAAAUGGAGGAAGGAGUUUGGGGCGGAUGAGAUUGCUGCCAACGGUUUCGACUAUCCCGAAGGCCGCGAAGUCACAAAGUACUACCCCCAAUUCUACCACAAGACCGACCGCGAGGGCCGUCCCGUCUACAUCGAGCAGCUCGGCAAACUCGACGUCAACAAGCUCUACGCGCUCACCAACCAAGACCGCCAGCUCAAGAAGCUUGUGAGCGAGUAUGAGCUGUUUUUAAAGGAUAGGCUGCCUGCUUCGAGCAAGGAGAGCGGGCAUUUGGUGGAGACGAGCUGUACUAUUAUGGACUUGUACAAUGCGGGUAUUUCUACCUUUUACAAGGUCAAGGACUAUGUCUCCGCCGCUUCCUCCGUCGGCCAGAACAACUCACAGACACCUAUUUCUUUCCGACUUCGGAUCAUCUCCCUUUGCGAAGAACUGAUGGCUGAUGGAUGUUUUGUGUUUCAGCCCGAAACAAUGGGUCAUAUGUUUAUCAUCAACGCGCCAUACCUCUUCUCCACCGUCUGGUCCCUCAUCAAACCCUGGCUCGACGAAGCCACCGUCCGCAAGAUCCACAUCCUCGGCAAAAACUACAAAAAGGAGCUCCAAGAGUAUAUCCCCGCGGAGAACUUGCCGGCGAGUUUGGGGGGUACUUGUAAUUGCGCGGGAGGGUGCGAGUAUAGUAAUGCGGGGCCUUGGAACCCGACUUCUCAGGCUUAG